GGGCGGGGGAACAGAACUGGGCAUGACAGCUUCUUGGUGCCCCUCUGGGUAGCCAGGAUGGACUCUUUGGAGGCAGGCGCCAGCUCCGCAAGGGGGUCUUCCUAGCACCCGACGUUCUCUUCUGAAACCGGGCUAUGGAGGGUUCCUCACCACGCCUGAGCCCAGCCUCUUGGGAGCGCCGACAGGCAUGGGCCAAUCAGCACUGCACACGGCCCAGGAUGGCUAUAGAAGAAGAGACAUCCAGUGAUCCCCAGGAAACACCUGAUCUGCGGUCCUCUUUGGAAGAUGCAUUCUUGAAAGGAAAUUCAUCCAGUAAGAUUGAGAGCUGGCUGGACCAAUGCAGCUCUUCCAGGGACCCUUUCAUGGACAGCCUCUCUGCUCAGGGUGCCUCAGGACCUUGUAGCAACAGAACCAGCUUUGAAGAUGACCUCACUCUGGGAGCAGAAGCCACACUGCUACUGGACAAAAAUAUAGCCGAGUCAAGAGCCCCCAAAGGUGCUUCCUGGUCUGAUCUACAGCUCAACCUGGACCACAGCCUAACGUCCAGUGCUUUCUCAGUCAGCACGAACAAAACUAGCUCCAGUAUCUCAGAGGUGCUGGAGCAAUGUGAGGUGGAUGCAGAGACCGUCCUCUCCAACCUGGGCUUUGUGCAAGAGGAGACCCCACCUACGUCGUGGAUCCCGGCUCGCUUCUUUGCCAUGCCAUCCCAGGCCCAAGGCAUUGACUUCCAGCUGUUCCUAAGAGCCCAGGUUCAACGGCUGGAGAUGGAGGAUCCUUACCUCAUGUUAGCAAGUCGGUUCAAGCAGGUCCAGACCCUGGCCAUAACUGCAGAUGCUUUCUUCUGUCUUUACUCAUAUGUAUCUAAGACCCCUAUCCAGAAGAUUUCCCCUGCCCACCUGUUCUCAGCCUUCCCGAACAUCCCGGAUUCCUGGAAUGUUCCUUCCAAGCAAGAGGUCGAAUCUCCUCUACAGCGCCUGAAGAACGCCAUUUCAAGAAUGUGCUUGUACACUUUGCCUCGAGAAAAAGGGACCUUGGGGUCAUCCAAAAAGCCAUCUCAGAUGAGCCGCCUGGAGCAGAUCGUAUGGGAAGUGAUAGACAUGGCUCGCAAAAACAGAUUCCCUCUUGACAUGGAAGAUGGAAAGGAAGAGGCUCACACGAGGUGUGGUGGAGGUCCUUUAUUCCAAAGCAGAUUGAGAAGUGCCUCUUCCUCUACCAUGGAUACCACUUCUGUGACUUCUUCCUGCAUCCAUUUUAAAGCUCCAAGUCGUCCUGGGGAAAAGAGGAAGUUCUUGCAAACUCUUUCCUUGUCAGGUCUGGCACCAUGGCCACCUUGCUGCCCAGGCAGGGCAAGUAUGGACGGGUCAGGCCAUCUUAGCUAUCAAGAACAAUACUGUUAUGGGAGACGUUCUCCAAAGAAGGCUUCUUCAGCAGAGGAGAGCAGUGAAGAAUCAGAAGGAAAUUGGUCCACAGGAAAAGGACCUGCUGUUGGCAAGGAUGACUGGACAUCUUGAUGGAGAUACCGUACAUGGGAGCCAUCAGUUCAAAUCCCACCUUAUCCAUGAACUUAGUGGAUAGCAUUAGCCAGGGCUCAUUUUGUAGCAGGAGCCCCUUUGCCUAUUAGCCCACACACCUCUGAUGGAGCCAAUCUUCCAAGAGCUUACAGUAGGCCCUGUAAUAAGAGCCCUGUAAGUUCUUGGAGGAUUGGCUACAUCAGGGGUAUAUGGCCUAAUAUGCAAAGGAGUCCUGCUGCAAAAAUAGCCCUGGCAUUAGAAAUAUUUGCCUCCCAGGCUGAGCUCUGGAAUAUGAGGAUACAGUAUGGAGACCUUCUUGAAGGGUUGUUUCAAGGAUUAUGGAGUGGUGCCUACUUAUUUGUUUCCUGGGGUCUACUUCUUUCUUCCCCAAAGCAUCUCUUCUCCAUAGCAAUGAGCCAGUCCUGGCUUUUUCCUCUAUCCUCAUCUCUUAAGAACAGGAGAUGUUUAUGCAGAGAAGCUAGGUAGCUUAUGAAGUUAUGGAAUAAUUUUUGUCUUAGAACUUCUUCAAGAAAAGAAUGAGAUCAAAGAUUUCAGGUUUUCACGGCUGGUAACAUCAUUAGGGUUUGUAGAAUCUUUCGGGCUCAAGUGCCGUGUUCUACUGGAGAAAGUUUGGAAGGAAAACUUUCUCCAGUAGAACACGGCACUUGAGCCCGAAAGAUUCUACAAACCCUAAAAGAAUGAGAGGUAAUACUUAGUAAUAGUUUUCUUACAGUGUAUAUGCUACCUAUGGGGUGCCGACUUUUUUCAUAAUUCCUUGAAAAUAAAUGCAAUUUCUUUUUUUUUUUAAAAGGAC